GUUUCUUCCUUCCAGGGCGAGAUUGUCUUGGGGGAGAAACAGAAGGACAGGAGGCAGAGAGGGAAUCAGGGACAGAUGAUAGUGAGGAGGAGGAGGAGGAGGAGGACCUGGAGGGAAACAGUGAGAGAGAUGCUUAUGAUAGAAUGAAAGUGCACUUUUCUAAAGGUGGCAUUGUGAGGUUGAGGAAAUUUCAUGAACUGAGGGCAAAGCAGGUUGCGAAGAAGUCAAGCAGAAAAGGAGUAGAUGACCGAUGGCUGAGAGGGAAGUACAAUUGCCCUACGUGCGACAUGGUGUUCAGUACAAGAUUAAAAAUGGAGAGGCACCACCAACACAUUCACUUGGGUAUUGCUCCAUGGACAGGUAGCCACCUUUGUGAGGAAUGUGGAAAGACUUUUACGCAGAAAGUUGGGUUGAGAGUCCACCGAAUGCACAAGCAUGGGGACCCAAAGCAGUUCCCUUGUGGUCUUUGUAGCUAUGAGGGAGUAACAAAAGCUAAGUUAGCUCGACAUAUGAGGAGUCAUUCAGAAGAUCGGAUCUUUACAUGUGAAUAUUGUGGUUUAGCUUUGAAAACAGCAGACACUUAUAAAAACCAUAUGGCUCUACAUACUAAUGAAGGUAAAUAUCAGUGUAAUGUUUGCCAUAAGGCUUUCCAUCAUAAACAGUAUUAUGAAGAUCACCACAGAAGUCAUUUUGAUAUACGUGAUUACAAGUGUGUAAUUUGCCAAACCUCUUUCAAAACCAGCAAAUCCUUGCGUACUCACAUUAGAGGAGUUCAUUUGAACGACAAGCGUAUCGUUUGUACCAUAUGUGGUGCGAGAUUUAUGACUAAUUACAAUUUAAGAAGUCACAUGAAAAAGCACGCUCGAGCUGAGCAAAAUCAUCCCAAGCAUCAGUGUAAGAUAUGUAACAAAAAAUUCCAUAGUGUACCUGGGCUAGACACCCACCAGAGAGUUGCUCACCCUGAAGAAUACCAGCCAGUCCAAAUAAAAAUAGAAUCAGAUGCCUCCUCCCGAUCAACCCCACUAACCUCAGUUGUCUACAAGAGAAUUAAGACUGAGCUGUGUGAAGAGAUUGAUGGCAGCCAGAUUUACACAGCUGAUGUCGAGCACAUCAUCGAAGAGUCUGGAACUGAGGCUAUUGCCUAUGCAGCUAAAGAGAAUCUCCUUCAGGAUUGCACAGAGGCAAUAGAAACUGUUGAAGCAGUAGUUGAGGACAGUGGAGACAUAGAACCAAGGCAGCAUGUUAGCAUUAUAUAUGUCUACCCAUGCAGUGACUGUGGUACCAUGUUUACUUCUCAGGAUUUGCUCAUGACACAUAUGAAGACACAUAAGUGAUUUUAUAUUUUACGAAGUUUAAAAAGAUCUGGAUGAGUUCAAAAUAGAUAAUUUAUUUUG